CCGACCAUGUGACCAUUUUCAAGAGGUGCCGGAACUCCGUUCCACCACAUUCCUGCUGAAAAAAAAGCCCUGCAUACAUACAUUUCCCUACACCAGAGACAACAGGCAUCCAUUAUUCAGAGAUUCAACAUACAGGGGUUGCAGCAGGCAGCGGCAGCGGCGGCGGCAGUUAAGCUCGCGGGUGGCAGUUUCCCAUAACAUCUGAUCCACCAUGGCUGAUGACCUAGACUUCGAGACCGGCGAUGCCGGUGCCUCCGCCACCUUCCCCAUGCAGUGCUCCGCUCUCCGCAAAAAUGGCUUUGUGGUGCUCAAAGGACGUCCCUGCAAGAUUGUGGAGAUGUCUACCUCCAAGACUGGCAAGCAUGGGCAUGCCAAAGUGCAUCUGGUUGGCAUAGACAUCUUCACCGGGAAGAAAUAUGAAGAUAUCUGCCCUUCAACCCACAACAUGGAUGUGCCCAAUAUUAAGAGAAAUGACUGCCAGCUUAUUGGGAUCCAGGAUGGGUACCUCUCCCUGCUUCAGGGAAGGGGAAGUACGGGAGCUGCUGUUGCUAUUAAGGCCAUGGCUAAAUAAAGGAACCGCAGGGCAGCAGCUCCACCUUGCUAUGAACCAGAGAGGAUCGCAACCCGCAGACUGGCUCCAUUUGGCUCCAAACCACCCAAAUCUUUUUCUCUCUCUCCCCAUCCUUUAAAAAAAGCAAAAUCUCCCCCACCCCCUUUUGAAUUAAACAAGAGGGGGAAAAAAGAGAGAGAUUCAACAUACAGACGAACUGGGAAGAUGAACCCUGAAAAAUGGCAUGGAUAGCAACUCGAAAUGAAAACAGCGUCUCCCCCAAAAGGAGAAAAUCGGGACAAGGAUUUAGCAGGGAGAGGAAUCAGAAAAUAGGAACUGUCCCCCAAAGUCAGAAAGUAUGCAGCUGUUUGCCCCAAACAGCUCUGAAGUCAAACAGCCGUGCUGUCUGGUGCCCUGAACUUCGUGUACUUUUCUGAAGCCAGGAAAGGCAGAAAGUCUGACAACUACUAGUUUAGAUCCUGAAACCUAUCGGCUGUAUCCAUAUUUCAGCAAGAUUUUCUGCCAGAUAGUUGCUGUUCAAACACGGCAGAGGGCUACAGAUAAAGAAGUAUUUGCAGAAGCGCAGGCUGGUUCCAGGUCAAGGUUACUCAACUGCAGACGGCUGUUUUGUUCGUGGGUGUUCUACACCAGCGUCAGAAAGCCCAGACCUGUACGUUGAGCCGUCAACCUUGACAGCCUCCAGUUCCGUUGAUGUUUAUAUGGGUUGAAUGUAUUGUGAGGAAGCUGUCACUUCCACAAGGGGACUCUUCUUUCCUUCCGGAAGCCCUCUUUUGAACCCCGAAAGCCUCCUCAAAGCUUGGGACACUUUGGAGCUUUUUCUAUCUAUUGAAUACAUUUUUAGCACACUGUUCUUCUAGAGAGUUCAGGGCGGCAUACACGGAACACCAUUACUCUUUUGGGGGUGUGCAAGGAAACAUGGGUGAAGGACAGGACCUUGUACAGUCCGGCACAGAAAGGGCUCCUGUGUGGGACUGAAGAGGAGAUGGGGGUGUUUGGAUCCAAGUUCCUUGCAUAAACUUCAGAAUCUGGGCUCAGAGUUUGCCUAACAGCAUUGACUUGUGGGGUAAGACCAGGUUGUAUUUUUGGCCUCCCUCUUUUCAAUAUCUGAAGCGACUUCUUUUUUAAAAAUAGUUUAUGUCCCUCUAAGCAGUCAGCAAACAAAUUCUUUUCUGCCCUUUUUCCUGAUUGAUGCCUUUCUUCUUGUAUUCAUAAUGGUUUGUUCGCAGCCCGGGGCGAGUUUCUUUACAAGAGAAAAUCAUUGAGCAAAUGAGAAUCCAGCUUCCAGUUGUCAUUUGGUGACAUCAAUCUCAAAUUUGGUGGGGCUGUGGCCCUGUGGGGGAGCGUCUGCUUUGGAUGCAGAAGGCCCCAAGUUCAGUCCUUGGCAUCGCUAUAUGAAAGGAUCAUGCAGAAGAUACGAAAGACACUUAUCUUUGACCCUGGAUAGCAGCUGCUGGUCAGAGAACACAAUAUUUGUCUUGAUAGAUCAAAGGUCUGAUUCAAUAUAAGGCAGCUUUGUAUGCUCUGGUUGGCAUACACACUUGCAUGGAACCUCCAUUCUUACAAAAAUCAAGCAAGCAAAACCUUUCUACUUAGAGGUUUCCUUUUCUAGCUCUCCUUGAUCUAGUAUAUUUACUCCAAAGAAAGACCCCCUUAAAAUGUUAUGCACACACAGAAAAAUUAUUAUUGGACAUAACUGUAUCCUAUAUAAUAUAAUAACAUUUGAUUUAUAUACUGCCCUUCAGGAUGACUUAUCACCCACUCAGAGCGGUUUACAAAGUAUGCCAUUAUUACCUCUACAACAACAAACACCCUGUGAGGUGGGUGGGGCUGAGAGAGCUCUGAGAGAGCUGUGACUGACCCAAGGUCACCCAGCUGGCUUCAAGUGGAGGAGUGGGGAAUCAAACCCAGUUCUCCAGAUUAGAGUCCCAUGCUCUUAACCACUACACCAAACUGGCUCUCGAAUGUGAAUGUAAGACGACCUGCUCUUUUUUUAAUGGACGCCUGUGUCUUGCGUUUUAGUAAAUACUACAGGCAAGUGACAGGGAUCGAUCUAUUUCCCUUCUGGGGCAAAUAGCAACACCAAACCCCGAUUUCUAGUGGGGAAAUAGCACAAGGGGCAAAGGGGCAAACCUUGUUCUCCCAGAGCUGCAACCCCAUCCAAAUAUGCUCCCCCCUUGCCCUCCGCUUGGUCCGUUUAUGGAUUCCCAACAUAAACUGCAGUUAAUUCCUCCAAAAGGGAAAUGAUCUGCAUUUUUUUGAAAUUCGAAGAG